AUGGCGCAAGAACCUUCAUCCAACUCGCUCGCCGUCACCAGCGAGAAACCCGACAACACCUCCUCGACCACCGCGGCCCCCAAUGACCAACCACAAGAACCAACAGCACCAAAGCCAGCCCUCUCGCGCAGUGCCUUCUCCGGCACCCGCACCGGUAGCCGCACCCGCACGACCUCCUCAAAACCAGCUCAGCAAUGCGCCGAGCACAAACCCCGCCAGCUCUGGAACAUCGACAGGAACUCGCUCAGGGCCCGCCUCGACUGGCACCGCUAG